AUGCAAUUGCGUCCCACUUUCCAAGCUUAUGGUUUUUGGCUGAAAAAGGCUAAUAAAAAUACAUCUGAUUAUCACAUCAUAAGUGAUGUUUUUGACAAUACACCGACUCAAGCAGCUGGUCUAAAAGUGAACGAUGGAAUUAUAGAAGUUAACAAUGAAAAUGUAACGAACCUAGAUCAAGCUGAAUUAAAACAACGCUGCAUACAAAAAACAGGAUCUAAUGAGUGUACUUUACUGGUUCUGGAUUCAAUUUGCAACAAAAGAUUAUCGAAAAUUAAUGUAACAAGUUCGGAUAAAAAUGUCAUUCAUUGCGGAGUACGAGCGAUUUCUGAAUUAAACACUGGUAACAUCCAGAAUGUAGAAAACAGAUCAUCAAUGUCUUCAUCGAAUAAUUAUCUUCUGUCAAUGUUUCGACCACCUAAACUGAUGACACUGAAAAAAAGCGACAAGCCACUGACGAUACAUUCUCAGUCAGCUCCACCCAGCGGAAAUUAUUUGCUUUCACUCUUUCGACCACCAAAGAAUCCGAGGUCGACUGUUGCCAUACCGCAGUUAGCUUUCGCUGUGAGUGCACCAGUACAUCAAGAACCCGUUUCACAAGGACACUCACAGAGUCAAAUAUUUCGUCCUGCAAUGACUACAGUUGUUUAUGCGCCUAGUGCAUCACCUUCGACUACGAAACCAAAAGAGAUUAAGCUCAACGUGAGUAAUCCAUCUGUUAAUCUGAUAGAAUCUUUCUCACUUGUCCAAGAGAAGCCUUCAACUUUGCGCACACAGUUACAUUUACAGAAAGGAAGUGCAAAUAAAGUGUAUACCGAGUCCAUGAUAGACUUUGACCUGCCAACACGAAAACCAGAUCUAUCAUUUGCUGCUGACGAAACGGUAUCGGGUGAGUAA